AUGGAUACAUCAAUACCCUUGUAUUUUCUCAUACUCCUCACAAUAUCUCAUGCCCACACUUGUAAAAACUCAAGCAUUCUCACAAACAACAAAUCCCCUGGAUUAGUAACAGAUGCACUAAUCCACAAGAUUUGCUCGAAAACCGGAAACCCUGCCCUUUGCAUGCACCACCUGGGCCAGUUCAAAGGCAAGCCCGUUAUUCCAACAACUCUAACUAACAUAAUCGGGCUAGCAAAACACCACGCACAAACGACCAAACACAAGAUUUCGGACAUUCACAAAGAAACCCAAGAAAACAAACCCGAAUUAAGAUUGAUGUACCAAAAGUGCAUCAAGAAUUAUGCGGAUGCUAUGGGUCAAUUGGAUAGAGCUAUUUACGGGUCAAGGGACUAUCGAAAAAUGGGGCCCAUCAAACAACAUGCUUUGAUUGCCAUAUCCGAUGUUCGAUCAUGCACGAUGGAAUUGGCUAAGCACAAGAGCGAGACUUUGGGCCUUAUUAGUGAUAACCGCAUGUUCCAAGAUAUUGGAAGUGUCAUAGUGGGCAUAUGUAAUGAAACCUCUUAG